GUGGUGUUUAUGGGUUCUCAAAAAUACCCUGAAUCCACGGACUUCGAUACCUUUUUGAAGGCCCAUACGGGCAGUACAAACGCCCACACAGAUUAUGAAAAGACCCAUUUCCAUUUUGAAAUCCACAGCAAAUAUCUCUGUCAAGCCUUGGAUAGGCAAUUCUUCAUUAGUCCACUGAUGGAAAGAAAGAAUAUGCUGGCGGAAGCCACUGUGGUUGAUCGUGAAUGGGGCAUGAGUUUACAGAAGGAGAGGGCGAGGUUCGAACAACUGCUCCUCACAAGCAUGGCCCGACCCGAUCACCCAGUCAGCAAGUUUAUGUGGGGAAACUUUCAAACUUUGGUGGAGAUACCGGCGCGGGACAAGAUGGACGUGUACCAGGCCCUGCAGGAUUUCAGAAAGAAACACUACGUCGCCCAGAACAUGACGCUGGCCGUCUACACGGAUCAAAACCCGGCGGAAGUGGAGGAAUGCAUCCGAGCGAUAUUUCAGCGAGUACCGUGCAGGUGUCGUCAUCAUUUCGUUAUUCGUGACGUCAUCGAUCCAUUUGAUACUCCAGAGUUUAGAAAGAUCUAUAGAAUUAUUCCGGUUUUAUCAACUAAAGAACUGGAGAUCACCUGGUCCCUACCAAGCAUGUUGAAGCAUUAUAGGUGCAAACCGCUAUACUAUCUGGAGAACAAUAUCGGCGAUCAAGGCGAUGGAAGCAUUUUUUCAACCUUACGUAGGAGACGUUGGGUAGUGAACAUGCUAUGUGGUAACAACGGUAGCAGCCAGGAUCUGAACUCCUGCUACUCAAUCUUUCGAAUCCUCUUCUUCCUCACCAGCGAGGGCCUCGAAAAUGUUCAAAAUAUCAUAACGGUAGUCUUCCAAUAUUUGAAAUUGUUGUGGAGAACUCCAGCGAGACUGGAGGCAUGGGCCGAAAUGUACCAAAAUGAUUUGAAUGAGUUUAAGUACAACGAGAAGGUUAUUUGGUUUAGUGGUUGA